AAUUCGAGUUGAUAUGACUCGAAUUAUACACAUGCAAAAAAAUGAAGUAAUUCGAAACAACUCGUUUCGAAUUAUACUUACCUAUUUCGAAUUUAGUUAAUUCGAAUUACCAGGAGAAGUGCACUUUAGAGAGGUUCGGAUCUACUUGAUUCGAAUUAGGUGAAAAUUGAUUUGCAUAGUAAUUCGAAUCAAGUUGAUUCGAAUUACAAGGGUUUCGGCUAUAAAAGGAGUUCGAACCAAGUUCAUUCGAAUCACUUUCUCAUUCUCCAACCCCACCAAAUCCCAGAGAAUAAGACCAACGUUCGGUACGAGUAAGACCAGAGCGGCUUUUUUUGUCGAUGGGGGACGAUCCGGGAAGGCUUUAUCGUUUGGAUGGAGUUGCUCAUAUCGCCGGUGUGAUCAACGACGAGCCUCGUCGUUGCAUAUCCAGCGUUAGGCGGCAGCAGGGGAUGCGUCUUGAUGCGAGGUACGUUCCGUACUUGCAGAUGGCCGGAUUGUACCAUCUUGCGAGACUGAACGACAGAUGGUUCCGACUAGACGAGCCCCUAGUCAGCGCAUUCGUCGAGAGGUGGCGGCCUGAGACGCACACCUUCCACAUGCCGUUCGGAGAGUGCACCAUCACGCUUCAGGACGUCGCAUACCAGCUGGGGUUGCCAGUCGACGGAGAUUACGUUAGUGGUUGCCUGACAGACUUCCACCUUUACAUUGAGGGUGGGAGACCUGCUUGGCAGUAGUUCCAUGAGUUGCUCGGUGUUUUACC